AAAACAUGUUUGAGGGGUGACCAACACGCCCCGCCUAUCUCCUCAUUAACAUAAGAAUGUGUGACGUAAACUCCGGAGAUCGGCAUACUUUCCCGGUUAUACGUGGCAGCUUGAUCGGCAGCGUCACACGCACUUCUUGUAAAGUUUCUUGAGAUUUUCGCCGCACUCCUUCACGAAAAUAACGUAGUUUUUCGGAAUGCCACCGACCUGUAUUGUUGCUGGCUGCAGCAACACUACCAAAGAUGGUUUUAGUCUGCAUCGGUUUCCAUCUGACCCGAAAUUUCGACGAAUUUGGACGGCCAAAGUGAAGCUGACCCGAGCCAAGUGGUCAGGACCAACCGAGCACUCGGUGAUCUGCUCCGCGCACUUCGAGCCUUCUUGCUUUGAUCGAAACCCCAACGAUCAACAACAUCAGUUUGGGAUUAAGUUCAAGGCAAUGCUUCGUCCCGAUGCUGUGCCCACAAUAUUUCUAACAAGCAAGAAAAGCGAGCCGGUACUGGAAGAGAAGAGGAAGGGUGCUUUUGCAAAACGCGAGCGACUCCGAGUUAUGGAGGAUGUGCUUCCACGGAAGCAAGCCAGAACAGAGAGUGACCAAGUUGGACAGGUUGAAGAUAGAACCUUGUGCAGAGAGAGUGUGCCAGACCCAGAGUCUUUUGCCAGUUCUAGUAGCAUGAUUCCAGUUGUGUCGACGGUGGAUGCUGCUUGUCAGACUGAUCCAGUGAAAAUUCUUGGUUGUGAUAUGCAUACUGAUGCCGGAAUACAAGCUGUUCCCGAAGUCGAUGAAGCUGGGAUACUCUUAAGUACAUGA